GUUUGAACUCACUGAACACACCUAUACGAAAUAUUGACAACUCUGUUCAAGUAACGAGUAAAUACUUUUUCUCAUAAGAAUUGUGAAUCUUGUUUAGCGUGCGAAGUCCGUUCAGUCGUUGGAUUUGAUUGAUUGUUAAUAUAAAAAGUAAAUUUCCUGUUCAUUAAUAAAAUAAAAGGAAAUGGCACAAAGCAAAUUGAAUGAUUUGGCUGGAAAAUUUGGCAAAGGUGGUCCACCUGGUUUAACAACCGGUCUAAAAGUAUUAACUGCUUUGGGACUUACAGCAUAUGGUAUAAGCCAAUCUCUAUAUACCGUUGAUGGUGGUCAUCGUGCUAUUAUAUUCAGUCGCUUAGGUGGUAUACAAGGUGAUAUUUUAUCUGAAGGCUUACAUGUUCGUAUACCUUGGUUCCAAUACCCAAUUAUUUAUGAUAUUCGCUCAAGACCUCGUAAAAUAUCCUCUCCAACUGGUUCGAAGGAUUUACAAAUGAUCAACAUAUCAUUGCGUGUACUAUCACGUCCUGAUGCAAAUCGUCUACCAGUAAUGCACCGUCAACUUGGUCUUGAUUAUGAUGAGAAAGUAUUACCUUCAAUUUGUAAUGAAGUGCUAAAAAGUGUUGUGGCUAAAUUUAAUGCUUCACAAUUGAUUACACAGCGUGCACAGGUAUCACUUUUAAUACGUAAGGAGUUAGUCGAACGUGCUCGUGAUUUUAAUAUUAUUCUGGAUGAUGUUUCCUUAACUGAACUUAGUUUUGGCAAAGAAUAUACUGCUGCUGUUGAAGCUAAACAAGUUGCUCAACAGGAAGCACAACGUGCAGUGUUCUUUGUUGAACGUGCCAAACAAGAAAAACAACAGAAAAUCGUACAAGCCGAGGGUGAAGCUGAAGCAGCAAAAAUGUUAGGUCUGGCUGUCAAGGAAAAUCCAGCUUAUUUGAAACUCAGAAAGUUGCGUGCUGCACAAAGUAUAGCUAGAACUAUUGCAAGCUCACAAAACAAGGUCUACCUAUCAGCUGAUAGCUUGAUGUUGAACAUCCAGGACUCUGGCUUCGAUGACAUGACUGAAAAAGUUUACAAAAUUCGCACGGAUUGGUAUGACAAUCCAGUCACUGGCAAGAAAGCUUCUCAGAAUUCCUCCGGCGUAUCAGUGGGCAACGUAGCACACACUCAAGCAAAUCGAAUGGUCUAAAUAAUUUAAUUAAUUUAUAAUCACAGCUUUAAUAUUUAAAUGUUAAAAAUGUUAUUUUUUUACUACAAU